UCCCUCACGCCAUUACUGUCUUCUCUUUUUGUUUUCUCUCUCUCAGGGUUUUCUUCCAUUUUUCUUCCUUCAUUCUUUGGUUGUUUCUCUUGUUCUUCAAUCUUCCGCUUCAAUGGCGCAAUCCGAGUCUCAGAAUGGAGGAGGAGCUGAGAAGACCUUGAGUUUCAAGGCUCUUAAGCCGCAGCUUCUCGUGGAGGUGCCGAAGGCCGCUGAUGCCGUCGUGUUUUACAAGGCUGCAUUCGGCGCGGAAGAGGUUAGUCGUACUGUGCAUCCGAAACGCAAGGCUGAGCAAGAAGCUCCGGCUAUCCUUUCCGCCGAGCUCAGCCUUUCUAACUUCUCGUUCCUCGUCUCUGAUGUGCUCGACGCUUCUGCUCCUGACGAGAAAGUAUUCGAAUCAAGAGUUGUGCUGUUCUUGGAAACGGAGGAUAUUAUAGCCGCUGUAUCCAAGGCCGUGAGUGCUGGAGCUGUUGAAGAGUCUGAGAUUUCAGAAGGCGAUGGCUCAUACGUCGGCCGUCGCGUUGCUAAGCUGAAGGAUCCAUUCGGAUUCAACUGGAUCAUCGCUACACCAGCGAAAGAAAGCGCUGUCGUGGAAGCCUAACUUUCUGCGUCUUGCCUAACUUAACCCGCAGUUCUUUCUUUCGAUCUCGCAACAUUGCUUGUAGGCUCUUAGGAUUCGCGAGGCUUUAGUUAGGAUGUUUUGAAUACGUAGCUCAAGACUGUUGCCUUUCUGUUUGGCAUUCUGUGAACGCUUGUGGACGUUUUGGUUAUGCUUUUCUUAGUGGCAUGCUUCCCCUUGUUUUUUACGCU